AUGAAGUGGCAGACGAAGCCCAGCGGGCGAAGCUCCGCAUCUGGUAUCACCGGCCGGCGGCGCCGCGAGCUCACGGAAGAGCAGACCGCGGAGAUCAAGGACGCAUUCGCCAUAUUCGACACCAAUGGCACGGGUCGCAUCGAGAUUCGCGAGCUUAAGGCUGUGCUGAAUGCGCUGGGAUUUGACCCUACCACCGACGAAAUGUACUCUAUAAUGACUGUAGUCGACAAGGACGGAUCCGGCACCGUGUCGUACGACGAUUACUUCAAGAUCGCGAAGACAAAGAUACUGGACCGCGAUCCCGCCGAGGAGAUCGCGAAGGCGUUUAAGCUUUUCGCCGACGUCAACACGGGGACGAUCAGUUUGAAGGAUCUGCGCCGUGUCGCCGACGAGCUGGGCGAGGUGGUGUCGGAUGAGGAACUAGCCGAGAUGAUCAAGGAGGCGGACCGCGAUAACGACGGCGUGGUCAACGAGGCUGAAUUCAUGAAGAUCAUGCGGAAGUCGAACCUUUUUUAA